UCCCUCCUUCUAGGAACAUAGCUCAUGUUUUUUUUGUGUGUGUGUGUUUUUUUUUUCUUUCAGAGAAGCUACAAGAUGGUACUUGUUUGAAAUGUGCAACUGUCAGACUCUCCAGUCAAAAGUUGGAUGGUCACAGAUUCAGCGUCCUGUCUCAACUGUCUGCCUUUGGUCCGACUCGCCUCUCCUCAGACUCCUCUGUACAGCCCCAAAGCCUGGACUCUCAGUUUUUCUGUGCUCUGGUCCCUUCAUACCCCCAGCCCUCUGUCACUUCUCCCCCGUGGACAAUAGCACAAACAAGGGGCAUCUGUGGUGUGCGAUGGGUCCACACGUCGUGCAGGAGGUGGGAUGACUCCAAAGUGGAAAAGUCUCUACGAACUUUAAAAGAGAAGAAGAAGUUAGAGGAAGGGGGUCCCGUGUACAGCCCCACUUUGGAUGCAGAACCGGUCAGACGGACGAUAAGACAGAGGGUCAUGGAUGAGAUUAAACAUUACUAUCAUGGAUUUAGGCUCCUGUGGGUCGACACCACCAUCGCAGGACGAAUGCUGUGGAGGGUGCUGAAUGGACACCCCCUGUCCCGCAGAGAGAGGAGACAGUUUCUCAGAACAUGUGCAGACGUCUUCAGGCUGCUCCCCUUCCUGGUUUUCAUCAUCGUUCCUUUUAUGGAGUUCCUGCUUCCUGUCGCUCUUAAACUCUUCCCCAACAUGCUGCCGUCCACCUUUGAGACUCAGUCGAAGAAGGAAGAAAGAUUGAAGAAGGAGCUGAGGGUGAAACUAGAGAUGGCUAAGUUCUUGCAGGACACCAUCGAGGAAAUUGCUCUGAGGAACAAGGUGGCACAAGGAACUGUAACUGAAGAGUUUUCCACGUUUUUCCAGAAGAUCCGUGACUCUGGCGAGCGUCCCAGUAACGAGCAGAUCAUCCGUUUCUCCAAACUCUUUGAGGAUGAACUUACCCUGGAUAACCUGACACGACCUCAGCUCGUGGCCCUCUGCCGCCUUCUGGAGCUACAGUCCAUUGGCACCAACAACUUUCUCCGAUUUCAACUCAUUAUGAAGCUUAGAGCCAUACGCGCUGAUGAUAAGCUGAUUGCAGAGGAGGGAGUGGCGAGUUUGAACGUGAACGAGGUCCAAGCAGCGUGCCGUGUCCGAGGCAUGAGGUCUUUGGGAGUCACAGAGGAGAGACUGAGGGAACAGCUCAGCCAGUGGCUGGAGUUGCACUUGAACCAGCAGAUUCCUACAUCUCUGUUAUUGCUGUCUCGGGCCAUGUACCUCCCAGACACACUGUCCCCAGCUGACCAACUCAAAACAACUCUACAGACCCUUCCAGAGAUCGUGACAAAGGAGGCACAGCUAAUGGCGGCAGAGAUGGAGCUUUCUAAAGUGGACAAUAAAACCAAAGUGGAGACCACCCUGAAGGAGGAGGCUGCCAUUCGUCAGGACAACAAGGAGCGGGAGAUGGAACGAAUCGCCGAUGCUGCGGAGAAGGCGGCAAAGGAUGAACUUGAUCUUGAAGAAAAUCUAAUUAAGUCCAAUGCAGAAGUUUCUGCUCGUUCAGAGAUCCUGAGAGACACUGCUCCUGUUGUAGAAGGCCUAAAGGAUGAGGAAAUCACCAAAGAGGAGAUUGACCUUUUGAGUGAUGCCUGUACAAAACUGAAGGAGCAGAAGCGUCUGUUGACUCUGGAGAAAGAAGAGCUGGAGGAGCUGAAAGAUGAUGUUCAAGAAUACAACGAGGACCUGGAGGAGAUAAAGAAGGAGCUCUCCAAGUCAGGACAGGAGAAGGCUGUGGAGGAGUCUAAGGCCAGUCAGCGUCUGUCAAAGAGAGUGAACCGAAUGAUUGGACGAAUCGACAAAAUCAUCGGAGAGCUCGAGAAAGAUAAGGUCAUUCUGGAUGGACAGAUGGACACAGGCUCCACCCCCCCAGUCGGAUUGUUCGUUACUAAAUAUAGUGAUGCUGCCAGUCUGUUCUGCGCCUUCAGGGAGAAUCUGGUGAGCAUCGAUGAGUUGAUCGGAGUCAUGAGGCAGAUCCAAAACAUCCCCGAACACAAACUGCAGAGCAUCGCCGACGCACUGGACGACAAUAAGGACGGCAAGAUUGACAUUGAUGAUGUUAUCAAGGUGGUGGAGCUGAUCGACAAAGAGGACAUUGACAUCUCCACGUCCCAGGUGGCUGACAUCAUGGUGAUGCUGCAGAAGGAGGAGAAACUGAUGGAGAAGGAGAAGGCCAAAGACAAGAUGGAGAAGGAGAUGGAGAAGGAGCAGGCAGUCAACAGGAACGUCUGACGAACUCUGACCUCGGCACGCAAAGACUGGGCAUCUUUAGUGUCAAUUUAAGAGGAAGUGGAGUGAGGUACCUCCUUCACGACAAAUAUAAGCGGCUCAUUGCCUUUGAAACGCACAGAAAAAUGAAUUAAUAAAUAAUAAACGCCAUGUAUGUGAUAGCUACUUUGAACUGAAACUGUAUCAUAUGUUGAUAUUUUGUAUAAUUUCACUGAUUAUUUAUGAAAGGCAGGCAACACAAAGACUUGAGAGGAUUCAUUGAGAAUAUGGUUGAGAAAAUAUAAUAUAUAUAUAUAUAUAUUGACAGAGAAAAUAUUUGCUUGAAGUGACAUGUCCUCCAUUUAUGUUGUCAAAGAAAUGAGCAAAUCAUUUCUGGAUUUUGCACAAACUGUCAAACCAUCGUCAUCUCUUCCCUCUGCCAUUCCACGUCAUCUGAUCAUCCAUUUUGUUUUGAUUUUUAAAUGUUUUUCUGUUGAGAGCGCAGUAUUUUUACAGAGACAGGAGUAGAAGAAAUGGUGGCUGCCAAUAGAAGUCAUUGUUUUUGCGUUUGCUGUACAAAUAUAAUAGCUACCCUCAGUCCCUAACAAUCAAUGCCCAGAGAAUGCUUGUGUUUCAGAUUGUUAUAGUGGCCAUGGCUAUACAUACACAAGUAUAAACAGUUAAGGAGAGGUGUGAAAUGUCUGCAGUAGCGAUGCUGCUGUUAUAUGAUGCAAAUGUGCUGUUGAAAUUCUAAUCGAAAAACAAAAACCCCUUAAAAUAUGCCAUUGAACUUUGAAUGAAACUUGCAGUAUAUAGUUUUGUAUUUAAAUAUUCAUAUUUUGUAACUAAGCUUCUUGACGGUAUAUAUGGAUGCACUGUCCAAGAAGCACGCUAAAACAAACUUAAAUCUGAUAUACGUUUUGUGCAAAAUUUAUGUAACUUUGAUUUCUACUAGGUAACUUUAACUUUAUGAAAUGCCAAGGUUGCACUGAAGAAUAUUUUGAGAAUAAAAUCUCAAGAAUAAAUUCACUAUCAUUUCAAAUCCAGAUCCCAAAGCCAUUAUAACUUUUCUAUUUAGUUUUGGUAAUUGUUUUGAGCACAUUUAAAACAAAUAUACAAAGUGGCCUUUUCUGGACUCUCGUUAUUCAGUUAUACAAUAAAUAUUUUUGAUAGACAGAUGAGGGUUGAGUUAGUUUUAGUCCCAAAGUUGUAUUUAAUUUUGCACUGUAGUGAUGGAUGAAUGUGUGGCUGAGAUGUACUCCUCAGGUUCAGUCUUUAUACUUUUUUUUUUUUUUACUUUGUUGUAGCCUGAAAAUCUCGACUUUUGAAUGUGUGUGUGUGUUAAAUUAGCACAGAACAAGUAGUGAAGUAAAGGUCAUACAUAUAUGACCUUUCUUUUACAUUCAUUAAGGAUUUAAAACAUAAUUAAACUUAUGCAUACUAUAAAUA